AUGAUAAAUAAAAGUCGACUUACAAGUAAAAUUUUGCACACAAUGCCGAACGUCACUUUCUACUAUUUCCCCGUCAAGGCUCUAGGCGAGGCUGUUCGUCUUCUUCUCGCUUAUGGAGGCCAGGAGUUCGAAGACAAGCGUGUCGCGAUUGAGGACUGGCCAGCUUUUAAGCCAAGCACCCCAUUCGGCCAGAUGCCAGUAUUGGAGAUUGAUGGCAAGAAGUACGCACAAAGCUUCGCUAUCUGCCGCUACCUCGCCCGCAAAUACGGCCUUUCGGGCUCUGACGCUGAAGAGGACUUCGAAAUUGACCAGAACGUCGACUUCUUGAAUGACAUUCGUGCUAAGGCCGCUGUAGUCCAAUACGAGCCGGACCAGGAUGUGAAGGCGAAGAAACACGAGGAGCAAAGUAAGAACGUCUACCCGGCGUUGCUCGAGAAACUCGACGAGAUCAUCAAGAAGAACAAUGGACAUAUCGCUGCUGGCAAGCUGACCUGGGCAGACUUUGCAUUUGCUGGUAUGUUCGACUACCUGAAGAUGAUGAUGCAAAUACCAGACUUGGAGAAGAAGUACCCAAGCUUCCAGCAAGUAGUGGACGCCGUAUACUCCCUACCUAAGGUUAAGGCUUUUAAUCUAACGGCCUACGCAUUAGUUGUCGGUUCUUCAAGAUCUUCUGAAAUGGAAAACGUUGUGUUUUACUAUUUCCCCUUCAAGGGAAUGGGUGAAGGCAUCCGUAUGCUCUUGAACUACGGAGGUCAAAAGUUCGAUGAUCGCCGUAUACCAAGAGAACAGUGGCCUGAACUAAAACCAAAUACCCCAUUCGGCCAGAUGCCAGUAUUAGACGUGAAUGGCAAGCAAUACAGUCAGACACUAGCCAUCGCUCGCUACCUCGGGCGCAAUGAACUACGUGUCAAGUGUGCCGCACCCAUGUUUGAGGAGGACGCAGCACUCAAGCAAAAGAUGAAGGACGACUUGGACAAGAAUUAUAUACCUGUUGCCAUGAAAAAGCUUAACGAAAUCAUCGGAAACAACAAUGGAUACAUCGCUAAUGGAAAGUUGAGUUGGGGUGACUUCGUAAUCGCCGGCGUCUACGACGGAUUAAAGAACAUGCUCCUUCAAAUGCCGGACCUGGACGAAAAGUACCCGAACGUCAAGAAACUCAGAGACAACGUCGUCUCCCUCCCCAAAGUUAAGGAAUACGUGGCGACAUCUGCACCACAGACCCCCUUCUAA